AUGGCUGCCGCUGCCCUUGGAAACCUGAUAUCAGACAUUGCCGGUGUUGGUCUAGCACAUUACGUUGAAGUUGCCGUGCAACGUGUUGGAAUCAAACAUCCUGUUCUGACAGCUGCACAAUUAGAUAGUGGAAAGGCAAGGUUCGCAACAAAUGCGGCGCGUGCAGCUGGGCUGACCGUCGGAUGUCUCAUUGGAAUGUUCCCACUGCUUUUCUUCGAUGACGAUGACGAUAAAAAGAAGAAAGAAGCGAAUAAAAAUAAACUAGGAUAG